AUGGCAGCUCUCAGGAGGUUUCUGCUGCUUCCUCGCCUCUGGUUCAUCACCUGUGUUUCUGCAGCUUCACUCCUCAUCCUCUUCAGCCAAGAAAUCCCAGCGGAGAGCGCCAUCAACGCCACCGCCAUCGACCGCACCGCCAUCGACCCCGCCGCCAUCGACCCGGCCGCCAUCGACCCCGCCGCCAUCGACCCGGCCGCCAUCGACCCCGCCGCCAUCGACCCCGCCGCCAUCGACCCGGCCGCCAUCGACCCGGCCGCCAUCGACCUGGCCGCCAUCGACCCCGCCGCCAUCGACCCCGCCGCCACCGACCCGGCCGCCAUCGACGCCACCGCCAUCGACCCCGCCACCAUCGACCUCACGCCGCUGGUCAACGCCUUGAUUCAUUCCAGUCAGUCCGGCUCCCGGCAGCUCUUCUCUCUGCUCAGCGUCUCGUCCUUCAGCCAUCUGGACCUGCAUAAACUCACCCUGCUGGUUUACAACAUUUCCAGUGUAAAGAGUUUAGACAGCGGCCUGUUCAGGAGGCGGUUCUGCUACUGCGUCACCAACGACACAAACGACCUGAGCGAUUUCACCGCCAUCCUUCUGGACGUGAUGGGAAACUCAACCAGUUACCUCCAGGAGCUGUUUAGGUCUUCCUCCAUCCUGUCAGUCAGCCAGAGGAACGACUCCGACUGCAUCUACAUCUGUGUGAUGGCGGGGAAGACGGGCAGAGAGGUGAGCGGGUUCUGGGACGACGGCUCCGUCACGCCGCUGUUCAACCAGACGAUUGUUGAAGGACCGAACAGAGUGGCUAACAUCUCCUCCAUUCGGCUUCCUGUUGCUUCGCCACAUCUGGGCAGAACAUCGUCAACAACGUUAAAGGUCACGACCUCCGUGGGGGUCACACCGACGCCCUCCAGGCCUCCAGGCUUCACUACAGGACGUCCAUCAACUGAGACGCCAAACAUCUGGACGAUCCAAAGCAUUUCAACUCCACGGAUCAGGACAUCAGCUGGAACCGUGAGACGACCAACCAGCGCCGCUGCUCCAGUUCCAUCUGCGGUCACACCCCGACCUCCUGCAGCUGCAGCCGCAGGCGCAGCCACAGCUCCGUCUGCGGUCACACCCCGACCUCCUGCAGCUGCAGCCGCAGGCGCAGCCACAGCUCCGUCUGCGGUCACACCCCGACCUCCUGCAGCUGCAGCCGCAGGCGCAGCCACAGCUCCGUCUGCGGUCACACCCCGACCUUCUGCAGCCGCAGACACAGCUCCAGCUCCAUCUGCAGUCACACCCCGACCUCCUGCGGACGCAGGCGCAGCCACAGCUCCAGCUCCGUCUGCGGUCACAGCCCGACCUCCUGCAGACGCAGGAGCAGGCGCAGCCACAGCUCCGUCUGCGGUCACAGCCCGACCUCCAGCUCCGUCUGCGGUCACAGCCCAACCUCCUGCAGACGCAGGAGCAGCCACAGCUCCAGCUCCAUCUGCGGUCACACCCCGACCUCCUGCAGACACAACCUUCCUGAAAUCACCUGACAGUCUGAUGGAAACAAACAUUUCUCCAACAUCUCUACAAACGACCUUCAUUAGACCUUCAACCCCCCGACCAACAGGACGACCUGCAGAGACGAAGCCGAGCAGCAAAGAUGCAACACCUGACCGGCCCAGAGAAACGGAGAGACCAGGCUGUCCCUGGAGGAGGCCGGAGCCCGGCGGCGAGGCGGAGACGCUCGGCGAACUCAAGCUGCAGCCCUGCGUCCUGCAGCUCUGCCGGUUCUUCUCCCAGUGCCUCUGCAGGCCGCUGAGCCGGACGACGCGCACCAAAAGAUACUGUGACAGCAGCUUCCUGUGGUAUGAAGAGCAGACGUUCGAAGUGUGUCGAAGAGUCAAGAGAUUUUCCUUCUCCAGAAAUCUGAAACAGAGAUGCUUGUCUAAGAUGUGCAACAAACUGUGACCCGACAGGAAGCGGCGGAAACAAAGAGCCGUUCAUCUUCCCAACAACAGCUGGAAGCUGCUGGUGAUUCACAAAACAUGUUCAGUUUUCACCUUUUAUCUGGAUAUUAAUCACUAAUCUGCUAUUCAUUAUAUAUAUAAAAACUUUAUUUAAAGAGAAGCUAGUUUUAAAACAUUAGUCUUUAAAGUUGCUCUGUUUACAGUUUGUUUUAAUCCGACUUGCAAAAAAAACCAACUGGUUGAUGAAUGUAAACUUUAAUCCACUUGUAAACGUUUGUAUUCUUCAUGUUUAAAAAGUAAACGGCUGUUUUGAUAUCAUGAAUAAGAAAAAUGAGGAAUAAUCUCAGUUUUUUACUCUUAAUGUGACAAACAUCCUGCAUAAUUCAGCUGGAAAACAAACAAAUUUCAGAAGAAAAUAAACGUUUUAGAAGAAAAUUAGGUUUUUGUUAAGAAUUUGGAGUCACAUCUAUUUAUUACUCUACAUGCUGCAGGUUCAUCAGCUCCAAUGUUUUCAUAGGGUUAGGGUUAGGGUUAGGGUUCAUCACAGAGGGUUUCCUGUUUUAACGUCUUUGCAGGAUUUUACCCAGAAGAGACAGAAACUUUUAUCUGUAGAAAACAAGCAGAGAAAUUGUUUGUAGCUGCAGGAUGGCUGCAAGUUUCACCGGAGAGAAAAUCUCUGCCAGGAAACUGUAGAAGAUCUCAGCACUUUAAACAAACCUUCAGAUCCAUAAACUCUGAACUACUUUUAAUUCCUCCUGAGUUUCAGGAAGUCGCUGUGUUUUUGUCGUAGUGAGUUUUCAUUUGCAUGUCAAUAAUCUGGCUUUUAAUUCAUGAAAGAUGCUUGUUUAGUAACAUUUCUACAGUCUUAUUAAAGUAUUGGAAAAUUCUGAAA